AUGGGAGAUAACGAAAAUAAGGAGAAGAGAGCCACCGCUUCAUCCGCAAGCGAAGAAGGUCAUGGUAAAACGAAGAAACAGUGGAAGAAUGCGCCAAAUGAGAAAAAUUCUGGAGCCCCAAAUUUGAGCAAUUCUAACAGCUCGCAAAAGGGGAAAGGGAAAAAAAAUAAAUGCGUGGCGAAGGACUCAAGCGGGAAGAGGAAGGAACAGCUGGAGGCGAAGGCAAAUAUCGAGGACAUCUUCAGCAACCUGAAGGGCAAAGAGAAGAAGGCUACAAAAGUUGGCAACGAGACGAGGCCUAUUAAAAAAAACUCGGAAAAAAGCGGCCUCCACGGCGGUCCGGUCCACAAGAAGGCAAAACGUUUGGUCGCCAAGGGGCCGAUCACGGAACGCGCUCGCACGUCAGAUGGGUUGCCCAUUUAUUCUAUGGAAGAACUCAAAAUGGGCCAAGGAGGAUACACGAAGGAUUGUCCGUUCGAAUGCAGCUGUUGCUUUUAG